AUGGAAAAGAGACCAAAUGCUCUACAAACCAAUGCUAAUCUAACAGCACCUCCAGCUUACGGUCAACCAGCUGCCUACAGUUCCUACAAUAUGCAACCUGUUACGAAUGUGACUGUAGUGAGAACGAAAACAAACAACUUUCUGGGAAUGGCUAUCUUUGUAACACUCUGCUGCUGUUUGCCAUUUGGAAUUGUCGGAAUUGUUUACAGUGUUGAUAGUUCAAGUAGGUUUGAUCGUGGAGAUGAUGCUGGUACCUUGUCCGCUGCUAGCUCCGCGAAAAACUGGUCAAUCGCUGGUUUGGUGUGUGGUAUCGUGUUCAUUAUCGUUUAUAUAAUUUUAUAUGCCACUGUGCUUUCAACAUCGUACCCUUCGUAUUACUAGAUACCAUAUAAUUAUAAUUCUACAUACAAUAAACGACAGGCAUACGCGUAUAUCACGAUCGAUAUAAGAAAACCAAGACAACGCCUUAUUCUGGAGACUUAUUGUUCAACAUAAAGAAGCGAGUUAAAUUAAAUUACAAUCCUCGAGACACUAGCGGAAAGGGCCAUUGUUAUCUUGUUUCUAUAGGCCUAUUUACCUUUAAUUCGUUGUAAACAUCAAUGUA